AUGUCGAGCUCUAACAUGGAUGAGACUAGUGAGCAAACCCAAGGGAGGGAGAUCGAGCCUACUGCACGGGACAGGGGCAAGAAGGAUAAAUCUCGUGACACCAUGGCCAACAUAGAGGCAAGGCUAGCCAAGGUGGAGCUAGCCAUGGCAGACACACGGGAAGGGGUGGACUUGAUUGAGCAAGGCAUGGAGAAGGGCUUAGAGGAUCUAAGGGAGCAAAUCCAGGACCUUCGGGUGCAAGUAAAGGGCGCAAAAGGGAAGCGAGCUCAGGUAGCCCACACACACAUGGAAAAGGUCACCAAGGGAAAGGUGAACUCGAUGGGUAAGAGGAAGCAACACUCUAAGAAUCGAAAGCGCAUGGGUCUGCUUCCAUCUGAAGCCUCACAGGAAAAGGAGGUGAAGAAUAUCCUGGCUGAACGAGUCACUAGGAGACAAGGGGUCCCUCCUAUGAUAGAGUAUCUAGUCCGAUGGAAAGGACUACCUAAGGGGCAAGCAAGUUGGGAACAUGUGGAUUCCUUGAGAAGAUUUUGGAAACACAUCGAGAGGUUUCAGAAAGAGGCAACGACGAGGACAUCGACAGCAUAG